CCGCUGGAGCGCGAGCCGAGCCCCAUCCCGAGCCCGAGCCCCAGCGCAGCCCGCCGGCCCGCUGCACCCAGGCCCCCCGCACUCCAGUACCCCGGAGGGACCGCGAGACAUGCAACCGGCCAGGAAGCUCCUCAGCCUCCUCGUCCUUCUCCUGAUGGGCACCGAACUCACCCAAGUGUUGCCCACCAACCCUGAGGAGAGCUGGCAAGUGUACAGCUCUGCCCAGGACAGUGAGGGCAGGUGUAUCUGCACGGUGGUCGCCCCCCAGCAGACCAUGUGUUCACGAGAUGCCCGCACAAAACAGCUGAGGCAGCUACUGGAGAAGGUACAAAACAUGUCUCAAUCCAUAGAGGUCUUGGACAGGCGGACUCAGAGAGACCUGCAGUAUGUGGAGAAGAUGGAGAACCAAAUGAAAGGGCUGGAAUCCAAGUUCAAGCAAGUGGAGGAGAGCCAUAAGCAACACCUGGCCAGGCAGUUCAAGGCAAUAAAAGCGAAAAUGGAUGAACUUAGGCCUUUGAUUCCUGUGUUGGAAGAGUACAAGGCCGAUGCCAAAUUGGUAUUGCAGUUUAAGGAGGAGGCCCAGAAUCUGACGUCAGUCCUUAACGAGCUGCAAGAGGAGAUUGGCGCCUAUGACUACGAUGAACUUCAGAGCAGAGUGUCCAAUCUUGAAGAAAGGCUCCGUGCAUGCAUGCAAAAACUAGCCUGUGGAAAGCUGACAGGCAUCAGUGACCCGGUGACCAUCAAGACCUCAGGCUCAAGGUUUGGGUCCUGGAUGACAGACCCACUGGCCCCAGAAGGUGACAACAGGGUCUGGUACAUGGAUGGCUAUCACAACAACCGCUUUGUUCGCGAGUACAAGUCCAUGGUGGACUUCAUGAACACGGACAAUUUCACCUCGCACCGCCUCCCACACCCCUGGUCGGGCACGGGCCAGGUGGUCUACAAUGGCUCCAUCUAUUUCAAUAAGUUCCAAAGCCACAUCAUCAUCAGGUUCGACCUGAGGACCGAGACCAUCCUCAAGACGCGCAGCCUGGACUACGCGGGCUACAACAACAUGUACCACUACGCCUGGGGCGGCCAUUCUGACAUCGACCUCAUGGUGGAUGAGAACGGGCUCUGGGCCGUCUACGCCACCAACCAGAAUGCGGGCAACAUCGUCAUCAGCAAGCUGGACCCCGUCUCGCUACAGAUUCUGCAGACCUGGAACACCAGCUACCCCAAACGCAGCGCCGGCGAGGCCUUCAUCAUCUGUGGGACCCUCUACGUCACCAAUGGCUACUCAGGGGGCACCAAGGUUCACUAUGCCUACCAGACCAAUGCCUCCACCUACGAGUACAUCGAUAUCCCCUUCCAGAACAAAUACUCCCACAUCUCCAUGCUAGACUACAACCCCAAGGACCGCGCGCUGUACGCCUGGAACAACGGCCAUCAGACCCUCUACAACGUCACCCUCUUCCACGUUAUCCGCUCCGACGAAUUGUAGCUCCCACUACCCGGAAGCCAAGGGCCCGAGUCCUCUCCUCCCCGGGGGGGGGGGGCGGGCGGGGGGGGGGAAGCUCCCAAGAAACAGCUGUCAAAACGAUGCUGAGAGAACUAACGAUACUUAUUUUGAGGAAACAUCAGCAAUGAUUUCAUGUCAUCGAGGGAUGGCAUUGACCUCCAGAUUCCUCCUACCCAUGCCAGUAGGCCACAGAUUUCGCAGCCCCCCACCACCAAAAAAAAAAAAAAAAAAAAAAAAAAAAAAAAAAAAACCUCCCUGUAUUUGUGGCUGGAACUUGCAGCCCAAGGCCUCCUGGCUGUCCGCACCCCGGUCCCUCACUGGUCAAAUAAGAUACUAAAGAAGCAAGGCGAUGACUGUUGGUCCCUCACCCGAGAACAACCCACUGUUAGGAUUGCAUGGACAUCUCCUUAGGUUGUGAUCAGCGCGAUGGCGGUGACGGCCGGCCGCAGCUCCCCAGGGUCCUGAGGCGCUCGCUCGGCGUUGGCUGGCGGGUUUAGCCCACCUGUAUCCUCGCAGCUGCCUUUUUCUUGACUGUGUUACUGUCUCUUAGAUUUACCGUGCUGAGACUCCCAGUAGCUCACGGAACCCGUGUCUAGUACUUUCCCGAAGCGAUGGUGGCCGUGCGUAGAGUGAAGUUGCCGUGCCCACGUUGUUGAAUUCGCGUGCCCCGUAGCUAGAUCGUGCGCUGUCUGUGUUCCCCCUGAGGUGGUAACCCUGUGUGUUCAGUUUAUGCAAUGAAUGUCGUAGUGCAAUGCCGUAGUUCGGAUUGAUAAGUGGAUGGUUUUUGUUUCUAAAAAGAAAAAAAAAAUCAGUGUUCACCUUAUAGAGACAUAGUCAAGUUCGUGUUGAUAAUAAAAGAGUUCUCCUCUUCUUGUUAUCUGAAUUGUAUAACCACGGAUCAUGGGAAGGAAAGCGUUUGUCUGGAAAACUUCGGUUUCCAAUUGGAAGGAAAUACCUGAGGGUAGCAGGGUGUGGAAAGGUCAUUUUUUUUAAAGUUAAAAAACAAAAAGAAAAGAAAAAAGAGGGAAACUUUGUACUAUCUAGUUAUCUGAGGAACAAUAAAAGUAUUAGGAGACCUUUU